AUGUUUCGAGUAAUGCAGGCAGAACUUGAUAACCUUAAAUUCAUCGCUGUUCUUGGAAUAAUUCACGGCGCGGUAGAAGUUUUAGAACGAAGUGGCAUGGUCUUCAUUGAUCAUAUUUGUCAUGUAAUCUUGAAAAGAAAAUCAGCUCCUUGGGGAAGUUUUCGCACUCCUCGCCGUGAGAGACUAAUAGCUGAUAUAGUUAUCAUAAGCAUGUUGUCCGAAUCAACUGCUAUUAUGUGUGUUAACGGAUUGUUGUACGUAUACCAAUUCAUUUACUUACAAAACACAUCAUUGUUGAAGCUGCUUCAGGAAUUUGUCAUUCCUACCUCAGUUCCGCUGGUUAUUGAAUAGUUUUUCACCGGCGUAUCCCUGGCCAUCGAGACUCGCUUUCAGAAUAUCGCGGUUAUGGCUGUUUAGCGCAAAAGAUGGAAAAGACACAUUUUGUUUGCUAUAACUAACCUGGUUCCACUAGCUAUUUGGACGACAGGAAAUCUUUUGGAAUUUGUGCAUGGGCGCUUUGAUGAGUCUGAAGGUCACCCUUGCAAAAUGCCCUUUUCAUAGAGAACUUCUAAAAACUAAAUGCCGGCGGUCUUUCAGCCUUCCUUGUGUUAACUGACUUGUGGUGGUGCUAUAUGAAAUCAGCAAGUAUAAAACUAAUAAACUAACUAAAUUACUAACUGAAUAACUAAUAAGAGAACAAACAUCUAUUAAUAAAGGUCCUUUUGAAACGUUCAGUUCUGACAAGCGGGAGAAUAUAAUUAUGGCGCCUCUUACGUAGCGUAUCCAUUGUUCGCUCUGGUGGCAAAAGGUCAUCUAAAGCUGUUGGAUAAUCGCUGUCGGUGAUCUUGGCCCACAACUUCUUAUCUUUUAGAAUGAUAAUAUUUUCAAUCGAAAAAGCUCUUUACAGUAGCCAAGCUUAAAAGCUCUCUUGAACAGCCUGUCUAUGCGACUCAGAUACUUAUGAUAAUACGCGCAGCCCCCCAUACUUCUACAGCAUAUGUAAAUAUAGGUAGAAUAAGACUGAUAAAGAGAAGAUGAAGAUGAUCCAGCGGCAGUCCAUAGAAUUUACAAACACGUAAGAUGUACAGACGACUACUGGCUUUCGAUAUAAUAUUAUCAAAAUGUAAGUCCCAGUUACACGGAUCAGAUUGAAAAGUUACACCCAACAACUUCAGACAUGGUUUACGCUCUAUAGAAACCAGAGGAGCAGGUAAGGCCUUAGUGGAUUUGGAUUUGCCUCUAAGAAGCAUCUCCCACGUUUUCUUGAAGUUUAGUUGCAUACGAUUAGCAGAUUGUUAAUGAGAAAUGAGCAGAAAGACUUAGCAAAAAGCAGUUGGACAAUAAAUAACUUAUUAGACGUUUUGGUUUGUAGUAUCGCUGAGUAUUUUAACUCGUUGUUUGUGUUUUGACUUGCCCUAGGGGCUCGUCAAAAUACGGUACAACUUGUAAAAAUAGUCAGCGAUACUACACGUUAAAACGUCUAAUAAGAUAUAUGUAUUAGUACUGUCAUGAUUCUAAGUGCAAUUCGGAGUUAAUAAGCACGAAAAAAUUUUUCAAAGAACACAAAAUUUACAGUUGUUAUCCUCCACGGGGUCUCAGGGAAUUAGGUGAACACACGCACAGGGCACGUUGUAACACCCUCGCACGUUAAUGACUUGACACGCUUACCGUGCAGAUAUGCGCAUAAAAAAAUUGAUUUUAGAGAGCGUGUUCGUAGCCAUUGUUCGUAUCUUGCUAAUACGGUAGAGGUUUGUUUCUAUAACACACUAGAUUUUUUUUCUUUUAACACGUUAAGUUCCUUUGUUUCCUUAACACGCUUGCUUAUCUUGUACAAUCCAGCUUACUUUGUUACUUCUGUUUGUCAGCUCUUUAAUUGUAGGAUGGUGUUUGUAAAGUAUAUUGCUUACAGAAUAUAAGCGAAAAUGAAGAAGAUCUUCUGUCCUAUUCGAAAGUUGUAAUGAAAAACGAAACAUUCACGGCAAAUCAUGGCUUUUUCCUUGAGGAUUUUCACGAGGAAUUCAGUGGACUCGAAGUGUUUCAGGUCAAGAGGAGCUCAGUUUGAACACACGAAUUACUUUUUUAAAAAUUAAUUCUUGCCUUGUAAAAUAUAAAAUCCAUAUCGUUCCACGCAGUUAAUAAGCUCAGUGCCGAAUCCGAGCAACAGAUCUCGCCUCCAUGUUAAAUUGCACUGUAUAUAUUGAGUAUCGUAUCGGGCGGGUGUAUCGGUGAGCUAAAAAGCCUCACAGCCUAGGACGUACUUCUCUUUCAAAUCGAAAGCAACUUUAAGAUGCGUGUUAUAAAAUUGGCACGGUCACCGUGUUAUAUCGUGCAAAGUUGCAAGCAAGAUCUUAACACGUACCGUGCGAAGCAAGACAAUGACUGCGUGCGAGCGUGUCGUGUGCGUGCGUUCACCUUAUUCCCUGAAAUCCCGUGGAGGAUUACAAUUUACUUAUUACACCAAACUGCAAGAGAAAUCAUGUUAUUACUUGUUAAUAAUGUACAUGAAAAAACAUCAUAGAAAGUCAAAACACACGGAAGUUUUAAAGCGUGCGUGUGCUAUUUGUAAUGUGCACACGUAUUAUAGCGAAUGUCAGACGACUCGCCCCAAAGACAAUUAGCCCCAGACGAUUAACCUCCAGUCUCCAGACGAUUAGCCCCCAGUCUUAGUAAAUGUGAAGAGAAGUACAGCUGUUGGUAAUUGACUUUUAUAGAGUUGGUGGCUCCUAAAGGAGCCGUUUUUGUGUGUGGUUGUUAAUCUUUAUUAAAAAUUUACAUCGGUUGAACAAGGUGAGAACAGGCUUCCAGAGGCUCUUUCGAAUUCCUUUGGCCGUCCUCAUAUUGUUUCCAUAUUUCGCUAGAGUAGAUGGAAUCUUCUUUCAAUCUUUUUAGUAGGGAGGUAUGGUAAAGCCAUAAAUUGUUUUGAGUUGGUGGGUACCGCGGUCAUUUCUGUAGGCAUCUUGGAGUCCGAGCCCUUGUACCUAAAAUAGAAAGGCAAAAUGUAAUACUCUGUUGGUUAAAUGAUAAGCUAGUUUCAUUCCGAACCUGACUGCGCGAAUUUGAAUUUGCCUUAUUCGUGGUAGGAAGUGGUACAUAGACGGAAUUUCAAACUGUACCGCCAGUCUAAAUACUUCUAACGAUAAUAAAGCGAAUUAUUGCCGAUUUAUUUAGCCAAUCGAGAAUUUUGAAACUGUAAACUUAUAAUUAUUUAACAGCUUCACAUAUGAUCUUACCUUUCUCCAUAGGGCUUGUGUCCAGUGGAAUGAACACCCUUUAUGCGGCACAUCUGGAAGGUUCUGGCGGAGAGCGCUCCAAACAGCAUUUUUUAAAUCCAGCAUUACCUUAGUGACUCUCGGUGGGCGAGGGAGGAUGGCUGAUUUAAGUUGUUUCAAAGAUACCUGAAGUUACUUAAACUAAUGAUCAUAUGCUUACCUUAACAUUUUCACAGAAGAAGCCAUCUAGGAUAUGUUCCAUUUGUAGGUCGAAGUCUAAGUCCUUCGGGUCUUGCUGUCGUUACUGCUAGCGGGUGCGGUUAGCGGUUCUCUGCAGACUGUCAACGCGGGGAAGGCAGGGACGAGGAGCAUCUGUUAGUUCAUUGGGGAGCACAUCGUUGACUACCUCCGACGCAGGUCUGAAGAAGUUUUGUGUAGCUUCCUGCUUAACUGGGUACUUGAUUUUCGCGGCUACCAUACCAACGACUGGUGCAGCAUGGUUGUGGUAGUUUCCGCCAAACUCGAACACGUUACCUGGUCUUUGCCCAACGGUGGCUUUGCAGCGGUUUCCCUAUUAAAAUUUCGCGGGAAAGAAAUUAAAAUUACGUAUCUAUGCACAUACACUCUUUUUUUCUAUGAGAACAUAUUUUAUAAUAAUAUGGGCUGUAAAAAAUAUAUUCCUAUAAAAGAGUGUAGAUGUGCUAGUAACUCUGAUUCAUGGUCAUGACUAUCGAAAGCUCUAACUUACCUACUUACUUACUCACACAAUUUUAUGCAAUUUCAAUUUUAAGUUUAGAUAACCAUAACUUAUAUAACUUACAUUAUUGUAAGUUAUUACACAAAAAAAAUCUUACCGUAGGACGAAUAGUGCAUUGCCAGUGGGUUGCAUCCAGGCGCCGCCUCUUGACGUUAUAGCUGAAUCCGCAGCUGUCACUAAACUUUCGCUUUCCCCUCUCGCUGGUAUCCUCCAUGAUCUGAAAUGCCAGUGUCUGGUCUGCUUGCUCAACUGAAUGGGGUGUUGGUCCCUCGAUGGUGGAUUCGUCAGUGGUCGGCUGGAUUGCAGGUUCGUACACUGUUGAUCUGAUGGCGGAUUGUGCAUUGGCUUCUUCAAUGGUCGAAGUGGUCGAAGGCUCCGCAAGCUGAUCAAACGAGUCUCCUUCAGGGUUGGACUCUUCGGGCUCAAGGAUAUCUGUUGACAGGAUAACAAUAAUUAACAUCAGUUUCUGUAUGGUUUUUGUUAUGACGAUUUAUAACCAGAUUAUCAACUAUCACAAUCAACUAUCAAAGUAAAGAAAUUCAAUUAUUCAAUUAUUUCACUUAAAUAAGUAAAAUUUGGCGAAAAAAAUACCUUAUCGCUAUUUUGCUCGAGUUGAAGUCAACGUCACGAUCGACCGAUACGGAGGUUUCACUCAAGGCAGUACUUUCAGCCUCAGGGAUGUCGCAUGUUAAACCGGCAACGCCAGUCGAUAGACGUACCAGUUUAAACUGCGUCUCGGUAUUCGAACUGUGAUUGCUGCAAACGGAGGCAGCCAUCACACUGGAGGCCGUAAGGAAGAUCGAAGACAUCGUAACGUUGAUCGCGAUUUGAUUCACUUGUUAGAGUUGCUGUCUCACCUCAAAUUAACAUUCGCACGAUGCCAUGUGAUAUCUUCACACCUUCACACCCCAACAAGAUCGAAAUAUCCUUUACGCCAUUGGAAAAUUAGUAUCCUCCAAUCAGCUUCUUUAUUCAACACAGAACCAGAAACCUUACGCUGACACAAGCACGCUAUACGAACGAUCCAAUUUCUGUUUCCGAAACCGGUAUUGCACUUAAAGCUUGACGAACAGUUCUCUACCAGGCUGCCAACAAAGGGGUGUCUGGAAAACCCGAAGAGCGAAUUGUCUCGAAUAGCGCGAAUAGUCUCGAAUGGUGCGAAUAGUGGCGAACAGUAGAGAAUACUCCCGAAUUGUGGAUUCGUUGAUCAAUUGGAGCAAUAGACACAGAUAAAUUCGACCAAGAAAGCUCUGUUAAAAAAAAAAAAACUAAAAACAAUAAGCUAUGUCCUGCGUUAGUUAUCCAAAUAAGCAACAAAAUUUCUUUCCUAUACCACGUGGCUGCGAGGUUGACUGCGACGAAUUGGCUACCAAAUUUCUGUCAUUUGUCAUUAUUCUCACACCUAUUUGCCUUUACUCAAUGAGCAUUCAGUUCUUUUGUGUACCUGUUAAGUAGAAAAACCCUCGGGUUAAAACCCGAAUCGAAAAUGAGCUCAGUGUCCCUUCUAUCACUGUAUUCUUGAAAUAUAAACUCGUCUACAGGAUGAUAAUACCAUUCUCGACUGGUGCUUUUCAUAUCCACUUUUCCUGCUUUUGAUGCUCAGUCGAGUGAAAAGGGAAAAGUUUAGAGACAAUGGCCACUUUGUUUUCUUAAUCCUAACAGCCUCAGGGUGGCUGAAAGUGGUGUCCAUCGCUCUAAACCUGUCAAAUUAUAACCCAACGACACACAUCAAAAGCCACACACUGCAUAAGGACCAAUAGUCCGUGAGGGAAAUAGUGCUUAGGACUAUAUGAAGGUGCACACUUGCAUACACUGGAAGAGAAUCAUUUUGCUUACUUUGUUAAACACGUGGUCAAUUCUCAAAAGCCCUUAAGGCCACUUCGCUUGAAAGCACAGCUUAUGACACGAACCAACGCUGGAAACAAAUAAUUAAAUGUUUUUUGUCCAUAAUUGAAUAGUAUGGCUGUCUGUAUUUAAAGUCUAAAUUUUAAAUGAACACAGGCAGGUUUAACAACUAUGACAAUAACUCAUAGAAAAAUAACUAGUGACAAAAACAUAUAUUCAUUCAUGUCUCGAUGUUUCUGCAUCUCUGAAUUCUCAGGAACUAGAUUUAAAGUGGACGAUUCGUUCUAGAGAGAGUGUGCCCUCUUAGCAGCCUCUCUAUACAGUGUACUUAUGAAAAGCAGAAGAAGAAACUAUCAAGCCACUAAACUCUUCCGAGUUCUGCGGAUCAUAGCAAACUGUAUUCAUGAAUAAAACUGACAUUCUCUCGAGUCAACAGAAGCUCUUAGAGAAGAAAAUGAUCGAAAGCUCAUUUUCGAUUCGGGUUUUAACCCGAGGGUUUUUCUACUUAACAGGUACACAAAAGAACUGAAUGCUCAUUGAGUAAAGGUAUCGAGCUGUUUAAUUGCCGUAGAACAAAUGAAGUCCUGUCAUCGUGAAAGCAUCUGAAAGGAUGUGUUGAAAUAAGUGGUUAAAGAUGAUCGCGUAAGUUUCGAAAAUACUGUCAACUUACUCUACGUAUAAAUUCAUAUCGAGAUAAUCUCUGAUGUCUCACAUCCGUAGUACACGAUUUUAUCUACGUACAGCGCACUCCAAAUACACUUUCUUGAAAGGUUUUGAAUGAUAAAUUUUCUACAAUUCCUGCAUCAAUAUGCAUAUCAGAAUACACUUUCUAUAUGCAUAUCAGAAUUAAGUAUUAGGACUUGCCAUUUUUUUAUUAAGAAGAAAGGCGCGUGCAUGAGUGAACGCCGUGUAAACGGAAAACAAUGGCGUCCUUACAAGCUCUUUUUCUUUUAUCAUGCCCAGGACCUCGCAUGCUUGUUGUCUAAAAGUUUUCUGUCGUCGCCUGUCGCAAAUAUACCUUGGAUUCAGAAAAGGCUAAAGGACUGCUUGCCUACCACAAGCUGAGCGGGUCGAUUUUGUUCUCCUCGUUGCCAGGUUUCGGUGACUGCAACGUGUCAAUAAUCUUGAGCAGUACACGCCCACUUCAGGCUCAUCAGGGUCGUAAUGCAUGAAACUGUUUAAUUACGGUGGAAAAUUAGAAAACUAGAAGCAAACGCAGAAAUUAUUUAUUAGGGAAGCGAAGUCCUGUCUUUAUGAAAGCACAUGAAAGGAUAUUUUGACAUAUCAAGUGGUUACUUUUUGAACAAAACUAAAAAAAAAAUGACUAGGGUCUUCAUAGGCUCUUUGUAUUGAAAAUCUUCGCUAUACUGGCUCAAUCAGUAUUGGAUAUUGAUGCACAAUGCAUCUGAAAUCAGGAAGAAUAAAAUAUUUUAUUCGACACAUUACUAAAGAGAGCGAUCAUCAUUGAAAAAACUUAUGGCAGCUUAUCUAGAAAUAAUAAAUGGAUAUUGGGAAGCUUCAGUUUAAGUUGGCCGAUCGUCGUUAUUUUGAAUCACUUCGUAAAUGUUCACUGAACAGCACUGAAGCAGUGAAAUCUAGAAACUUCGGUUUCUUGUUACCCUGAAAUGCAAUGGAAGCUUUUUCAAUCCGCCCUCAAGAUUCCAGCAACAAUUCUCCUUACUGUCUGCUAUUUCGUUUAUCAAGCUUUCAGCUCUGAGAAUUUUAUGUUGAAUGAAACAAGUUCCUUUAUUAAUUAUCAUUUAUUAAUAAUUUAUUAAUAUUAAUUAUUAAUAUUUACUAUUAUUAUUUUUCAAAUUAUUGACCGGAAGCUUAUUUUCGAUAUGGUGUUUGCGCCAACAACUCACACAAAAGGGUAAAGUACUCAUUUGACAAAUACUUUCGAGCCGUUUCAAUCAUCGUGUAUGAAUGGAAAACGGUUUGCAUACGUAAGCAUUGUGCAACGAGGAAGUGAAGUUCCGUCAUACACGAAAAUUAUCUCUUUGCCAAAGAAAUCAGUAUUUUUCGAGACUGGUCGUUAAAUAAGAGGUCUUUGAUGACCUUACAGAACAAAGCUCAUAGGCUAAAAUUGGCGUAGAAGUGAUUGAUAUUCUAUUUGUUCAAUGAGGUGUAGUAAUUUACUUUCAGAUCUACUCUGUCGUCUCACAAUCUCUAGAUGGCUUUUGCUUUGUUAGCGCUCUCACUAAACUUUCAUACUAAAAAAACUAGAGCUUAUUCGAAACACGUUCAUUAGAUGUCAACGAGCUGAAGUAUUUAUUCUGACUACCUCUUUAUAAGGAUAUAUUUAAAAUUCAAACGUUAGAAAUACAUAUCAUUAAUAAUAUUGACCGUCAACAUCGCUUUUCCCCAAAUUUUCAGUGAACUGAGUGGAGUAGUCAAUAUUUUCGCUAACAUUCAGAUGGCCGGAGUAUUGUUUCUGCUUUGUUAGCACUUUUACUUUCGAAACAUCAUGGUAAAAAACCUGCAGCUUAUUCGAAACAUGUCCAUUCGGUAUCGAAGACCUCAAGUGUGCACUCGAAGACUCUGUAACGCGGACAAUGACCAACAGUUUGGUGAUUGAAGUUUUUGCCCGUGUUUUAUUCAGCUUCACACGCGGCGUGACAGAGCAUUACGACCCUGAUGAGCCUGAAGUGGAGAUCUUUGGAUAUAAUGAUAGCUUAAGCAGUGAGGGUCGAGAGUGGAAUUGUCAGCCCGUUGAUAAACCUAUUUAUCAGGAAUAUUUACCGCCAUCGGACGACGAUAAUUAUCUCUUGUCAGUUGGUAAUUCUCGAGUUAGAUAUCGGGUCAUUGACGCGAGCUCACCUGACGAAGAUGAAGACGAACAGCAAGAUGAAUAUAAUGAAAUGGCUUGGAAGCAAUUCAGACCAUCCAUUCUUCGCACAGUAUGUCAAUCAAUGUACAUCGGCGCAUUAAUUUCACUUUUAACUCCAGCCAUCUUUGGCCUUUUUUACGUCAUGAUCUGUUACGUCUCUUAUGAAAUAGUACUUUACUGCCAAUUUCACCCGAAUGAGACAAUCCCAGUUAAAAUACAGUGGAUCAGAACAUUGUCUGACGUGAUAGGUGUUGCCUUUCUAUACAUGUGGUUCUUUGUCGGAAUCCUUUUUCUUUUUCGACCGUAUCAGUUAAAGGGCGUGAAAAGAAAACUUAUUCUUGUUCCUUUUGUCUUCUUUUGUUUGGAUACAGUGUAUCGUGUUGUCCUUCAAGUCUUUGGAAUAUCUCAUUCCAAGCUUUCUGUGAUUCAGAAGAUUCCUCUCUCCGUUAUAUUUCUAAUUAGCAUAUGUUGGCAAGUUUAUCUUCUAACAAAUCACUUCCGGAACCUGUCGAGGAGAGCGACUUUAUUUAUAAAAUUGACGACACCUUACUGCUCCGUUCACUUUCUUGCCGUCUUAGUAGUAACGCUUAUUUAUCCAAUGUACAACAAACAAACUGAAAGUGGAAAACUCCUCAUUGCACUCUUCUCGCCUCUCUUUGGAGUAAUCUUUAAGGUAGUCUCACGACUUUGCACUCAACGCUUGAAGAAAAUUGUUCAUCCAGGAUACUCCUACGUCUUGUUAGUGACGUUGUAUUUUGGAUCAGCGAUCAUGUUUCGAGUAAUGCAGGCAGAACUUGACAACCUCAAUUUCAUCGCUGUUCUUGGAAUAAUCCACGGCGCGAUAGAAGUUUUAGAACGAAGUGCUAUGGUUUUCAUUGAUCAUAUUUGUCAUGUAAUCUUGAAAAGAAGAUCAGCUCCGUGGGGAAGUUAUCGCACUCCUCGCCGCGAGAGACUAAUGGCUGAUAUCGUUAUCAUAAGCAUGUUGUCUGAAUCAACUGCUAUUGUGUGUGUUAACGGAUUGUUGUACGUAUACCAAUUCAUUUACUUACAAAACACAUCAUUGUUGAAACUGCUUCAGAAAUUUGUUAUUCAUACAUCAGUUCCGCUGGUUAUUGAAUGGUUUUUCACCGGCGUGUCCCUGGCCAUCGAGACUCGCUUUCAGAAUAUCGCGGUUAUGGCUGUUUGGCGCAAAAGAUGGAAAAGACACAUUUUGGUUGCGAUAACUAACCUGGUUCCCUUGGCUAUUUGGACAACAACAAAUCUCGUGGAAGUUGUGCAUGGGCGCUUUGAUGAGUCUAAAAAUCACCCUUGCAAAAUGCCCUUUUCAUAG